AUGACCCUCCUUCUUGCAAUUGACACAAAAUGGAUUGUCCAGGCACUCAGCUUGCAUAUGACCAACUUUACCACACUUAUAGCAGAUGAUGCAGGCGACCUCUGCCCCGGAGGACUCGCCCGUCACUUGCCCCUCCACCGGAUCCCCUGGACAUCUUGCAAGAAACCCCCUCCGCCGCCAGCAGUUUUUGCCAUCGGGUCCUUCCACCAACCCUCUCUCUCCUCCCGUACGCGGGACGAGCACCUGCUCGCUCCCGACCCCGUCGCCACUGGCCGCCGCGUCCUCGCUACCGGCCGCCGCGUCCUCCUUGCUCCGGUCGCCGCCCCGCAGCAGGCCCCCGCGCCCGAGCUCCGCCUCCGCCUGGACCGCGUCGCUAUCUCCCUGGCACCCCUCCCCAUCUCCUCCACCCUGAGCUCGCCCCGGUGCCUCCUCCCUGCUGCGCGUCAUGCGAGCGCCGCUCGCCUCCUUCGCUGGGCGCAUCGACCCCGACCUCUGCUUCACCUCGCGCGAGCACCCUGCGCGCCGUCGGCUCCCCCACGUCCCCUGACCUCCACCGACGGCCUCGCCAUCUGCCGCCUCAAGUUCUGCAUAGCUGCACCGCCGCACGCCCCUGGUCUCCUUCCUGCGAGGAGGCACGAGCUCGUCCGCCGCCCGGCCUCCAUCCGUCGUCGACCAGGACCUCCACCAUCGAGCACGCCCAGCUCCCGUUCUGCGCGCCCGCCUCCUCUUCGGUCCCACGCACGUGGCCGCGUGGUUCCGCCCAGCUCAAGGCCAGCCGUUUCUGACUCUGUUGAUACCCGACGCGGGCGUCGUCGCCAGGUCCUGCUCCUCCCGCGCAACCUCGUUGUACAGCGCCGCCAGCUCAUCAGCCAAACCAUUUGAUCAAUCUCUCAGUGCUGCUUUCGCUGGUGCUGUGAUGGUUGUACUGAUGGUUUGAUACUCCGACGCGAUGCAAAAUAAUCUUCAAGAUUCUCUCCGAGAUGAAACCGAGUACGUCGACCGGCGACGCAACCAAGAUCGGCAUCAACGCCACUCGAAGACCAUCGGUGUCUAUUUCAUGUUCGCCAUCGAUAAUGGAAGCCGAAACCCCAAGGCGCCAAACCAAGUUCGCCACCGACAAUCCAUGUUCUCCUUCACGGAUUCAAAGUCCGAGACCUCGCUUCAUCUUCUUCCUCUCCGAACCCGAAUCCGGCGACCGCCUUUGUUCCGAUACCCAUUUGCUUCUUCCCGGAUAGGAUCGCGAAGUGGUGUUGUGAGAUACGACAAGAUCUCCGGAUGUUCCUCGGCAAGUUUUAACAGGCAAGCAUUUCCCUUAUACUCCUGCCCCUGCAGAAGUCGCUCACCUAUUUAUUUUGCCUUCUCCCUCAUGCUAUCCUUGAGUUGCGUUCUUGUCACGUGUCCUUUCCACUUGUUACCUCAAGCAGCCUAUAUUGCCUCCACCAACCACCUAUAGCUAUUGUUUGGUUUCGGGUCUGCCUUGCGAGUCGUAGUGCAUGCUAGUGCUUUUUAUAUCUUGUUACCGGUAUCUCUAUCGUUAUCGGGUUAUCAGGUUAUCAGUUGGGGAUCAUGACACAUGGUUUAUGGAUAUAUCUGUUGAGGAUAUCAUGGUUACUUGUUAAUAGUUGUUAGCGGAGGCAUCGGUGGGUCAGUUGCUCGUUUUAUGACGGCUCACUUGUGUUUCCAUGAAAUCUAGGACCCCGAGUUCUUGUUAUCUGUUCCGAGACCGAGCGCUCUAACCACACGUGGGUAUGCUUAUGGGUCUCCCCUUGACCACUGCCGGAAUCUACAAUUUUGUCCAGUGGCCACGACUAGUUUGCAAUGUUUUACCAUUUGUUGUUUGCGUGCAUGCCAGCCUGUUACUUCUUUAUUUUGGGAAGCCCCUGGGUGCCUUGUAUCCCUUGUUUCUGGUAUGCACGUAUAGGUCGCGGAGCCGCUGCGAAGUGGUUUAUCGCCCCAGUGUGUGUUCAAACCACCUAGUACGCUGGCGCAACAGCUAGGUCCACUUCGGAGAUUCGGCCGGACUUUGAUACGGGUUCAACUUAGUUAGGUGGCUUCCUGGACAUUGUUGUCAUGAAGGAGAGUGCGAGCCGUGAUAUCCACCUGUCGUAAGUGGAUCGAGCGGUGCGUGUGGGUACAUUUGGGCAACCCCUGCAGGGUGUACAUCUUAUCGAUAAGCCGUGUCCGCGGUUAUGGACGACUUGGAGCUGCAUGACUCGACCAUAGACAACUUACACCUGUUGUUUCAAUCAUAAUAACUUGUGUAGUAAGUUAGCACAACUCUAAUA